CAAUCCUCCCAUACAAAAACAUGCGCACCAUAAACCCCACCUUCCCAAGUCCCUCAUAUCCCGCUCCACCACCCGCUCUCGCCAAAACCCCACAUCCAGCUUAUCCUCCCACACACACACGCCACCUACACAACCAUGGCCGCCGACAAACUCUCCCAGUCCGAGUCCACCACCCCGCUCACCCUCACAGUGCACGACACGGACCCCCAGCCCUGGGACCGCUCCGCAUCCGCACGCACACUAGACGGCUCCAUCGACGAGGACUCGCGCGUCAUUGACGUCGAUCUCCACCCGGAUGGGAAAGCGUCCACGGCGUACGAGGUGAAUCUGAAGCAUCACGAUGAUGAUGAUGAGAAGCUGAAGGCGGCGGGGAAGGAGGAGAAGCCGCGUACGAGGACGAUUGUGCUCUCUGUGUCGUUUUACAUGUUUGCUUCUACCGCCCUCCUCCUAGCCAACAAAAUGGUCCUCCUGAAAGUCGCGCUCCCCAUCACCUUCCUCUGGAUCCAGCUCGUCAUCGCCGUCGCCCUCAUGCAUGUCGGCGAAGCGAUGCGGCUCUUCCCGCUGCCCCGAAUCGAUUGGAAUGUCUGUGUGCGCCUGUGGCCGAUGAUCCUGAUCAAUGUGUUGGGGUUGUCAGUGAACACGUAUACCAUCCAGUACGGUGAUGCCAGUUUCUAUCAGGUAGCAAGAGGCCUAGUCCUGCCGUUCACCGUCCUCCUCUCCGCCCUGUACCUCACCCGCCCCUCCCCGUCGAUCCUCGCUUGCUGUCUGAUCGUCACCAUCGGCUACUUCACCGGCACCGCGUUCUCGCCCACGUCCACCACCGGCACGAAACCCGUGAAAGCCAUCGCAUUCGGCCUGAUCUCCUGCGUCAGCACCGCGGUGCAUGCGAUCGUGAUCAAGAAGAGUAUUGCGGUUGUGGACGGGGAUACGUUGGCGCUUGUGUAUUUCAACAACGCGUUGAGUGCCGUUUUGCUGCCGGUGGUGUUUUUGGUCACGGGGGAGGUGAGCAGGUGGGGCACGCUUGGGGCGAUCGAGGGGGAGGAUGGGGCGGGGGUGGGCGUUUUUGUUGCAGGGUGUUUGCUGACGGGCUUCCUCGGCUUCCUCCUAAACGUCGCCAGCUUCUUCCAAAUUAACGUCACCUCGCCCGUCACCCACGUCGUUUCGUCGGCUGCUCGUGGAGUCCUUCAGAUAGUCCUCGCGGCAUGGCUCUUCAACGAAACGGUCACAUCCUCCCGCGGGUGGUCGAUCGCAAUUAUUAUUGUAGGUUCGGGGAUGUAUACGUGGGUUAAGCAUCGGGAGUCGUUGGCGGGUCGGUGAUAUGUGUGAGAUAUGUACCGUAUUGUCUUUUUUUGGGGAGGUAUAUCAGCGGUUUGGGAACUGAAUAUGAUGGAUGAUGAAGAGAGAACCGUGUU